AUGACUGUAUCUAUCACAGUAGAUACUGCUCCAGGGGAUAUACCCCCAACGCCUCAGCAGGCGAAAAAGAUUGAAGCCUUGGAGGCAACGAUACCAAGGCUUCGUGAGCAAGUCAAAAAUACCGAGCUAGCCAUAAAGAAAGCAAGGGAGAGGCUCAAUGAGUUAGCCAAGGAGGGGCAUGGUGGGCCCCCAGACGCCAGCGGUAUUGUCAAGGAGCAUAUCCGGCUUCUUCACGACUAUAAUGAAAUCAAAGAUGUUGGGCAAGGGUUGAUCGGACUCAUUGCUCAAAGCCGUGGAGUGCGACACGUCGAGGUACAGACUGAGUUCGGAAUAGCUACCGCAGAUUAG